GUAGGAACCGCUACCGUAGGCUGCUGUGGCGUCGCGUGAGGAGCCUGAACACGACCAUGAAGCUGCUGUUUGUGGUGAUACUUUUAUGGCGUGAGGCGUUGUGCGGAUCUCCGAGCGUCCAGAUCGGUGGUUUAUUUCCCAGGGGUGCAGAUCAGGAGUACAGUGCAUUCAGAGUUGGCAUGGUUCAAUUUGGGAUGGCAGAUUUCAGGCUGACUCCGCACAUAGAUAACCUGGAGGUGGCCAACAGCUUUGCUGUCACUAACUGCUUUUGUUCCCAGUUCUCUCGAGGUGUCUAUGCCAUUUUUGGCUUCUACGACAAGAAGUCGGUAAACACCAUCACAUCCUUCUGCGAGACACUUCAUGUCUCGUUCAUCACACCUUCUUUCCCAGCAGAAGGAAUGAAUCAGUUUGUUCUCCAGAUGAGGCCGGACAUCAAGGGCCCGCUAGUUUCAUUAGUAGAGUACUACAAAUGGGAAAAGUUUGCCUAUCUAUACGACAGUGAUCGAGGUCUUUCUACUCUUCAGGUAAUAUUGGACACUGCAGCAGAAAAAAAAUGGGUCGUUACGGCAAUAAAUGUAGGAAACCUGAAAGAUGAGAGGAAAGACGAAGCUUACCGCUCCCUGUUUCAGGACCUGGAGAUCCGUAAGGAGCGACGCAUCAUCCUGGAUUGUGAGCAAGACAAAGUCAAAGAUAUCAUGGAACAGGUGAUCACUAUAGGGAGGCAUGUGAAAGGAUACCACUAUAUCAUUGCUAACUUGGGUUUUGUAGAUGGCGACCUCUCUAAAAUCCAGUAUGGAGGUGCGAAUGUGUCUGGGUUUCAGAUAGUAGAUUUUGAUGAUCCUGUGGUGGCAAAGUUUGACCAACGAUGGGAGGCUCUGGAAGAGAAGGAGUAUCCAGGAGCCGAUACACGGAUCAGAUAUACCUCAGCCCUCACCUAUGAUGCUGUCCACGUAAUGACUGAGGCGUUUCGCUUCCUUCACAAGCAGAGAAUAGACAUGAGUCGUCGUGGCAACAGUGGGGACUGUCUGGCCAAUCCAGCAGUGCCCUGGGCUCAGGGGGUGGAGAUUGAACGUGCCCUCAAACAGGUGCGUGUAGAUGGUUUAACAGGGAACAUUCAGUUUGACCAAUACGGGAAGAGAAUCAACUACUCAGUGACAAUCAUGGAACUGAAGAACAACGGACCUGUAAAGAUUGGCUAUUGGAAUGAGGUGGAUAAGAUGGUGGUGACAAAGUCAGAUCUUUACCCUAACGACACCAUGGGAAUGGAAAACAAGACCGUCAUCGUUACAACUAUACUGGAAGCCCCCUAUGUGAUGCUGAAAAAGAAUGCAGAGCUGUUUCAAGACAAUGACCGUUAUGAAGGUUAUUGUGUUGACUUGGCCGCGGAGAUUGCAAAGCACUGUGGUAUACGCUACCAGCUGAGGAUUGUGGGAGAUGGCAAAUACGGAGCAAGAGAUGCAGAAACCAAGAUCUGGAAUGGUAUGGUGGGAGAGCUGGUGUAUGGGAAAGCAGAUAUAGCAGUCGCUCCCCUGACGAUCACUCUUGUUCGUGAAGAGGUGAUAGAUUUCUCAAAGCCCUUCAUGUCUUUGGGAAUCUCCAUCAUGAUCAAAAAGCCACAGAAAUCCAAACCAGGAGUCUUCUCUUUUCUGGACCCACUGGCCUAUGAAAUCUGGAUGUGCAUUGUCUUUGCCUAUAUAGGAGUCAGUGUUGUACUCUUUCUGAGGUACUUUGGAGAUAGGCUGCUUCUCCAGGAGCUCCUGAAGCUAAGCCUGGAGCCGGAGCUGGAACAGGAGAUGCGCCACUCCGAGUGGUGCUGUGAAAGUGUUGCCGUUAACCAGCCUGGUUUUGCCAGUUCCAAGCCCGGCUCCUCUGUUGCCUGUCCAGUUGCCGGUAACCCAGAGAGGAUUCGCCUUCCUAACCCGUGUGGCCUGCUCGGUCGUCCUCCGGGACGACCUCCUGAACUGUUUUUCCCUCCUGACCUGCUCGGUCGACCGCUGGAGGUGGUGCAGCGCUCUAAAAUCGCCUUGUUUGACAAGAUGUGGCAGUACAUGAAAUCAGCAGAACCUUCCGUCUUUGUCAAGAAAACUUCGGAAGGCGUCCUGCGUGUCAGGAAGUCCAAAGGGAAAUAUGCCUACCUGCUAGAGUCCACCAUGAAUGAGUACAUCGAACAGAGGAAACCCUGCGACACCAUGAAAGUGGGAGGGAACCUGGACUCCAAAGGCUAUGGCAUUGCCACGCCCAAAGGAUCCCCAUUAAGAGUACCAGUUAACCUUGCCGUAUUGAAACUGAAUGAGCAAGGGACCCUAGACAAGAUGAAAAACAAGUGGUGGUACGAUAAAGGAGAGUGUGGCUUCAAGGACUCUACCAAUAAGGAAAAGACCAGUGCUCUGUCUCUUAGUAAUGUAGCGGGAGUCUUCUACAUCCUGGUUGGGGGUCUAGGUCUGGCCAUGAUGGUAGCACUGGUAGAGUUCUGCUACAAGAGUCGUGCAGAGGCAAAAAAAAUGAAGAUGAAAUUCACAGAUGCAAUGCGCUCCAAAGCUCGUCUGUCUAUCACGGGAUCGACCAGUGAGAAUGGUCGUGUACCAGUGGCUUACCUCCGUCCAGGAUUACCCAUGAGCCUCAGCAUGACUGAUCUUUCUUGACCACGCCCAAGCCAGUGCCUUACAGCCAGUCGACACACACCCCCUGUUCCCCUCUGAAAAUGAAUGGAAAUGCUUGUCAUCUCCUUCGGUGACCAAUUACCACUCACCAUGGGUGAUCUGCCCCAGUUUUCAAUCUGAAGCCAAACAAAUCUUUCUGAGGACUCCUGAUCUAGCUCUUUAACAUCUAGACUAGAAAGACUGGAACAUGGCUGUCAGGCUUCAGCUCAGACCUGCCCACCUAUGAAGUGAAUCGCUUGACCAUCAGCAAGAAAGAUGGCUGGUCAUUCAUGAAGAACAAUCAAGCACAGUGGACAGUUUUCUAAACAAACACAUCAUGGUUUCAUAGAUUUUUGUCAUGGAGGCUCCUCUUGUAUAGAAAAUAAGGAAAGUAGUGAUGCUGACUUAAUGCAAUAACAAUAUUAAUCAGGGAUGUGAUCAGGAAUUGUGGGUAUAAAAUCCAAAUCUUGUUAAAAAUUAGUGCAAGUGCUAUGGACAAAACAGACGUCCUGAGAAAUCACAUCCAUGAAAAAGUAGUAAUCGUGAUAACUGAUAAUGAUAAUGAUAUUAUUGUUCCUAAUUGUUUUUGCUUAUUUCUGCCUGAAAAUUUCUAAUUAGUAGAGACUUUUACCAGACCCAAGAGAUGCAUGGACUGGUACACACACACACACACACACACACACACACACACACACACACACACACACACCAGUAGAAGAACACAUGUGCUAUACACAGGGAUGGGCAAAAACAACUCCAAAUGUAUGCUGAUACAAAAAAAAUCACAAUUUAUUCCAAAGCCCCCUUUGUGUAGGAAAAAGGAAGAAAAGUUCGAGGCACUCUUCUGACAAACAGUAAAAAGUCUUUAUUCAGAUGGCUAUUUCAUAGCGGUGAAAUUCUAAAAACACAGACAAUGCUGGUGCAUGUUAAAUAGAACUAACAACCCAUCAUUCCGCUACAAUACUGUGUGUCUUUUUAACACUAGUGCAGCCAAAUGCCCAGUGUUACUGUAGUGGGGCGCAAGUUAAAAGAAAGACUUGAAGCGUCAAAAUAUAGUAUGCUCCAAAAACACACAAUCCUACAGUUCCCAUAAUGCAACUCAGCAGUGUUACUUCAUAUGACUCUUUCUGACUGGUAAAUGCGUACAUUAAACUCUGUCUAUGCCCUCAGUUUGUUGCUAAGGCUUUUUGUUAUAGAUUUAUACAUGUCUCAUCAAAAAACAGCAUGCAAGACAUUGCAACAGUGGCCUGAGACCUGGGGAGAUGUUUGGAGGUCAAAGACCCAGCCUCAUUCACAAAUAUAUAUAACAUAACACAUAUGUUUAGACUCUGCGAUGGACUGGCGACCUGUCCAGGGUGUACCCUGCCUUUCACCCAAUGUCAGCUGGGAUUGGCUCCAGCCCCCCCGCGACCCUGUACACAGGAUAAGCGGUUGACGAUGGAUGGAUGCAUGGAUGGACAUGGCCUAUGCAACUGUAUUUGAGGGCCUAUUCGACCAUUACAUGCCUUUGGCACUGUCUGGUUAUGAUGCUGUUUUUUGCACCCAGGAAUCUUUAACAUUAUGAAAAUUUGAGAAUUAGCUGACUCUAUUCAAACCACUAACAUAUUUACUCUCCACUUUCUCUGGGAUGCGGUUAAAGGAUGUAGAUUGAACAAAUCUGUCAUUUUCAUCACAUACAAUAAAACACAGACUCAAGACAUCAAGGCCUUAAAGGACAUUUAUUGAUGCUAACUGGGACUCCCCAGUUAGCAUCAAUAAAACUUGACCUUAUGUGGAGAACCGCUAUUCACAUUCAAUUGAAUUAAACAAGAUGAUUAGAAAGAAUGUGUUUUCAGCUAUUAAUUUACAAUCUAAAUUUCUAAGAGAUCCAGAAAAGUUUCUAUCCUAAUAGUGCCCAACCAAGCCUUUUUAUCUUCCAAGAUUUUAUGAAACGAUCAUUGAAAUAAAUGUGUAGUUUCUAACAACAGUAUGAGAUAACGUGACAUCACUAUAAACAUAGUACUCCAAAUACGUAUGAGAAAAAGUGUCCAUCCCUGUCUAUUAUCAGCACACAAAUGUAGUAACAGACACAAAAACACAUCCCAAUUUGCCUAUACAGUACAUCAGUACACACUGACAUAAAUUGUCACCUGUGAAACACAAUACCCUAACAUUUGCACGUGCACAUGCACAUAGUAUUGUUAUACGAGUUCUGAAGCCAACUGGACGAUGUGCCAAACAGACUGAGAACCAAUCAGAGCUCUCCGUGCUCAGCCAAUGGCAGCUGCUGAUACUAAAACCUGAGCCAGCAGGAGCUCUCACUACUGUGAGGUGGACAAAAAAAACUGUGAACAAAAACCUUCCUCCACUGUUGAUGGCAACGACAGUAAGAAGGAUCAAGUCAAGGAGGACAAAGAGGAAUGAAGAGAACGUUUGCAUGUCACUUUGAUUUUUUUCUUUCAGAUGAACUUCAGCCUGAAGCUUUGUGCCUGGCUGCAUUUUAGUGUUUAAUAAUGAUAGUAAUAAGAAUAAUAUUAACAAUAUUAAUUACAGUAUUAAUGUGGUUCUUGUUAUGUAUAGUGUAUGCUUUUAAGAACUCAAGUCUGCUAUUUUCUUUCACCAGGAAGCUGUUAUUUGUGCUGCUAGUUAGCUGAAAAGCUUCUCCCAGAACAUGAUAAAUGUCCAAGAUAUGAUAUAUGCCAGGUAAAGUGAAGUUAAAAAUGUCAAGGUAUCUGCUUCCAUUUCUUCUCAUGGACUCAUAUCACUUUUGCAAGGACCACAUGUGGUAAUUAUCUCGAGAUUUUCAUGGCGUUAUAAUCAAGUGUCAACCACUGAGAGAAAUGUGAAAAUUAUCACUCUUCACUUCUGACUUUGCCUCUGGUAAAUUUCAUUUUCUAUUAAACUCAUUAAUUUUG